GUUUUGUGGCGAUGUGUCAAAAUUAGCUAUAAAAAUCUUUAUUUUUAUUCACGUUUGCAAAAUAUUUCGAAGAAAUUAGUAAUUUUGUAAAAACUUUAAAGUGUUUGAUUUCGAAAAGUUUGCUAAUCAUAACAAAUUCUCCAUGUAAAAACUUUGGAUCAUCACAGAAUAUUGGCCAUGGCGAGCAGCAGCAGCAAUAACGCAAUGUACUUGCGGCAGCAAUUUUCUGCUCUGCUGGGGAACACUUCGUCAUCCAUCAAGUUUAUCUGCAUUUCGACACUGGUCGGUUAUGCAUUAUCCUUCUCGGACCGGGCAGUGGACAUCCUCAGCGUCACGCCGGGCUACCUGAUGCCACCAACGUUUUGGAUAUGGACAAUAUUCACAUUCUGUUUUAUUGAACUGCACUUCUGGGAAGUGCUGGUGGAUCUGAUUACAGUGGGGCUGUGCGGGAAGCUGAUUGAACCAUCCUGGGGUCAGAUGGAGAUGCUGCAGUAUUUUGCCAUCACCAAUAUCGGCGUGGCGAUAUUGACCAGCUUUUACUAUCUGUUCUACUCAAUGAUAACCAAAGACGCUGAAUUUCUGUUCGACGUCCAUAUCCAUGGACUGGCCGGAAUGAAUGCAGCUGUUAGUGUUGCUGUAACACAAAUCAUGCCAGAUCAUUUAAUUGCUCGGACACCGCUCGGGAAAUUUACGAACAGGAAUGUUCCACUUACGGUAGUGGUUGUGUCAAUAAUUAUGUGGGCAAUCGGUUUUUUGGACGGCACGUAUCCAGCAAUGUUUGCUUCGGGGCUGUACGUUUCAUGGGUCUAUCUUCGGUUUUACCAGCGGCAUUCCAACGGAACCCGCGGAGACAGUGCAGAAAACUUCCGUUUUGCCAGCUUCUUCCCCAAUGUAUUGCAACCUUUCAUAAACCUAAUUGCUAAUCCUGUGUAUCUGGGUUGCCUACGAAUUGGUUUGGUCAAGCGAUUGACACCACAGCAAAGCAGUUCGUCUUCGCUACAAUCAGUCAGCGUCCAGUCACUCGUAGGUGUUGAUCCUCAUGACAUGGAACGACGAAGGCAAAUUGCAUUAAAGGCUCUCAGUGAGCGGUUAUCUAAAACCACAGAUUCUAGUCGUCAAAACACAUUGCCUAAAUCUUUCCCGCAGACGGGCGCUUCUGGAAAGCAUCACCACCAUCAUCACGGAGGGCACCACGGUCACCAUCACGGUGGUCACUUGCCCUUCCCCAUGACCCUCGAACGACCAGCAAUUCCUCUUCCUCCUCCACCGAGUAAGUCAGCGCUAAAAACCGACUCGACGAAGCAGAAUAGUAGCAGCAGCACAACUACGGUAAAUUUGAUUAAUUUGGACCAAACCGAACAAGGCCAGUCGGAGGUAUCGACGACGAAUACUUAAGAGACAGCGGCUUGUUGGACUAGCAGACCAAAACUGGCCAGCGCGAAUUUGUUGAUAAAGGAAUAUUUGUAUCAUCUCCGUAGUAGCGGGACACCGUAUUCCCUGAGGUGAACAUUUGGCAAAAUAUGAGGCGCAGGCGUUGUACGGUAAAAAUGUAAAAUUUUCGAAUGUAACGAAAAGAGAUGCUUUAAAUAACUACUACUAGGCUACGCCCUUUCCCUGUUUCUGUUUAUCUAUUUUUCUGUAGAUUUUAAUUGUGAUGAUUGAUUGGUACGCUAUAAAUACACGGAAGUGAUGUGAAUGGUAAUGGCAUUAGUAAGUCAGUUGAAUUGCCUGCAGACUGCAUUAUCGUGACAGAUCUAAAUAAAAUUGUACCUACCAUA